UUAGCCGGUUAUACACUUUUAGCUCUAGCGCGAUGAUUAUAACCCCGUAUUAACUAUUAGCUCGAAUUAUUAGUCAAUCCAAAGACUAAGAAUUUAGAGUACGGCUUUCUCCCCGAUAGAAUGGGGUGAUGGAUCAGAGCGACAACUCCGACAUUCAACAAGCAAGGACUCCUUUGUUCGAUGGCGAGUAACUCUUCCCCGAAUUGCAUUCCUGGCAGUCCGCGUCCAUAUCGAUCUAAACGACGUCGCCCAUGUGAUCGCUGUCGCCAUCGCAAGCUGGGCUGCCGGAUCGAUCAUGAACCCCCGUGCGAACGUUGCAAAGCAGCACGGGUGGACUGCACUUUCGUCCUGGCCGUUGAACCUCGAUCCAAUAAAGUGAAGAGGCAGGAUCUCGACUUGGGGAGAGAGAUGCUCAAUUGGGAUGCUAUAGCGGCAUCUGAAGGCUUCCCAGACAGCUCGCUGGAUCGGUAUGGCGACUUUACGCCGAAAACAUCAGCAGGCGAAGAUGCCAUGGAAGAUGUGCUAUCGCCACAGGUCUACCAUGAAGAAGAUCCCACAACAGAGGAUAAACCUAUUAAUGGCAUUCAUAGCGUAGAUAUCGGGGGUGCCCCGGAUCUAUCUCCUGCAUCCUCGAUCAAUCAGAACUCGUCGCCGCAGGGUGUCGGUUCCGAGACUUAUCAGAGAGAGGAUCAUGCAUCAACAAAUCAUUCGCUUGAUGAAAUGCAAGACUUCACUGCGAAGUUGUUCGGAAUAUCUGCAGAGUCAGAUCCAUGGCUGCUACGACACUGUCGAUUUGAUGAGCACGGCCUUCGCAGAUUCUACAAGGUGCAUUUUCGGAAUGUAGCUGAUAUCAGCGAACCAGAGCAGGUCCCUGUUCAUUUCAUGAUUGCUUCAAAUGACCUUGUAGAGGGAUUUAAGAGUGACACCGCACCAUCUUCUUCAGAAAACGAUCUGAGGACUGAACUGGAAAAUCUCAUUCCUACGGAAGAUGGUCGCAGAUUGUUCAAACUGUUCUUAACACAUGUAUUUCCAUUGUUUCCUGUCGUGUCACGCUCACAGCUACGAGUCAUGGCGCCGUCUUUACUGCCAGAUGUUUCAGAGCUUCAAAAGAUCCCCACGCAUUUGCUGGCAGCUGUUUAUGCUUCUGCUAUACCAUUUGUGCCAUACGACAGUUACUUGUGUGUUUCAAAUGUCUACAGGAAGCCGCCAGCGGACCAGAUAUGGAGAAUUGCCUAUCGCGACAUCCAGAUACACAUGCACAAUCCGCGGCUUUCGGUACUUCAGGCAGCACUUCUCUAUCAGCACAAACCUCGAUCAGGAUCCACAAGUGCUGUUGCAGAUACCCCUUUCCAUUCAUCCUUCAUGGGGAGUGUCGUUGGCCUUGCAACUUCUCUAGGAUUACAUCUAGACUGUCAGGCCUGGCGUAUUCCAUGGUGGGAGAAACGUUUGCGCAGGAGAUUAUGGUGGAUAACGUUUUCGGAAGAUAAAUGGCGCAGCCUUUCCUCUGGCCGUCCCUCGUUUAUCAAUAGAGACGACUGGCAAGUGUCGGAGCUCACAGAUGACGACUUCGAAAUGGAUACCGUGCCAUCAAAUCUCGACACCAUUCUUAAUGUAUCUAGCAACGAGGUACAGCAAGCGCUUCCCUUCCGUCUUAUUUGCAGUCUGGCACAGAUCGCGGAAGAUGUCUAUAAAGCUUUCUAUACUGUGCGCACUAUUGGAGAAUUAUCUACGAAUAUCCGUGGCUCAUUAGAGACAGUCCGCCCUCUCCGUGGACAACUGAGCCGCUGGUAUGCGUCUCUUCCAGAGUCACUACGGUUACGCAAGAUAUUUGAGUCUGAGCCUUCAAUUGAAGAGGUAGGACUAACAGCCCCCGUGCACUUCGCCUAUUUGACCCUAGAGUUAUAUCUCUACCGUGCCGUGCUACGUCCGCUGGCGAGGAGCGGACCAACAGGCCCUCAAUGCGUUGCGUUGGACAAUUCAGCAACGCAAGACGAUUUCGCUAUAGACCCAGACAUUCGUGCUGGUGCAGAGGCAGUCAUUGAUGCAGCCGAGAGGUGCGCUGAAGUAGUGAUUGAAUUCGUUACGAAUCUUAACUCGUCUGAUUUCUGCGGGUUCUGGUAUUCGUGGUCACGAGUUGGCUUUGCAGUCAUGUCGAAUUUCGUCGUGCUACUGCUCAUCCAGGCUCCGACAGAAGCCCGCGCAGCCAAGGCUCGCAGGCUUGUGGACAGAUGGAGAAAGGUCUUACGCCUACAGAGCCGGUAUCAUGAACAGAUGAACUUGGGUAUGCUGCGGCUGGACGCAAUGCACUGGAUCGGACUCGACGAGACUUUUAAACUCUCUUCUCGUGUUGAUAACGCCAUACACGCCAAUCUCGUCGAAUAGAAAGAGAGCAGACCAUCUCGUCUUACACGGUCUUCCUUUUCACAACUUGCCAAACCAACAACCUCUGCGGCUUAUGAACCAGAACUUCAGGCUCAUGUCCAGUUCCAUGGAGGCCGAAGAAAAGUUUCAUGUGACACUUCACGCUGUACUGU